GCUUCAAUCAUGCUAAUAAAUACUUAAACGAUCAGUUUCGUUUCACCCUCCUUAUCGCUCAUUUUGGCCGCUAUACUCUGCAGGCGAAUCAACUCUCCGGUCUCUGGUGAUGCCUCGGUGCGACAGGGUCAGCGAGUUGCCAGAACCUUUGCUUACUAAAAUACUCUCCUACCUUCCAACUAAACACUCGGUGAAGACCAGCGUCUUAUCAACAAGAUGGAAGAAUCUGUGGCUAAGUGUUCCGUCUCUCGACUUAAACUGCGACGACUUCCCUUACAGAGAAGACGAAGUGGUCCUCAGCUUCUUCGACAGGCUCCUCGAGUUUAACCCUGAUUUGCGCCUCCUAAAAGUCAAGGUGAAGUGCGGUAACUUCGAGAUAGAGGGGCUCAAGGAUCGGAUCAGCACAGUGAUUCACCGUGGACCUCAAAAUCUAGACGUUAAGGGUUGUAUUUACUAUAUAGACCGUGACACCAAAACCUAUCCUUUUAUCGAGUACAUGCCUCUGAAUCUGUACACGAGCAAGACACUGGUUUCCUUAAAGCUCACGUAUUCGGGUGUUGAGGAUCCUGGUCUUGUCUACAUGCCUUGUCUCAAGUCCAUGAUUCUUGUAAAAGCUCUCUUUCGAGAUGACGCGAGUCUGGAGAGACUCGUGUCGGGAUGUCCUGUUCUUGAAGAGCUGACCUUGGUUAGGGAUAUGCAUUCUAAUUUCGAAGGUAAGGUUGAUAGUUUCAUCAUGCGUGUGAGGUCUGGGAGCUUGAAGAGGUUUCGUGUUCCGCUCUGGUAUGGAGAAUAUUGCAGCAGUUUGUUUGUGAAAUACACACUUGAGAUCGAUGCUCCAAGGCUAGAGCGUAUGACUCUCGGAGAAGAUCAAUUUGAUAGCAUCGUGGUGAAGAACCUGGAUUCUUUGUUCAUGGCUGACCUUAAUAUCAAGUUUGCUGACAAGUUUGAUCCGGAGGACUUUUCAAAGAGAAAUGAAAUCCGUUAUUUUCUAUCUGGGAUAACGAAUGUAAGACACAUGAUCAUCUCUGAGAAGACAGUGAAGGUCAUUGAGCUUUACUCUAACGUAGGGCUGAUUCCAAAGUUCAUUAACUUAUCACGUUUAGAAGCCAUGUUCCCUUGUGAUUCACUACACUUUUUGCCAGCCUUUCUUGAGUGUUGCCCCAAUCUGAAACACCUAAUCUUGGAGAUUUUUUAUCCAGUUGAGACGGAGGAUGUAUACCAACUCGCAAAUGUGCCUGGGUGCUUCCUAUCGACUCUCGAGUGUGUUCAGCUUAAGAGAAUCCAUGUGUGGGGAGAACAGGAGAUGGAAGUAGCCACUUACUUUCUUGAGAACGCAGCAGUUAUGAAGAAACUCACUCUGAGUCUCACCAACUAUCCUCGAUACGUCUCUGAUGAAGAAAUCUUCGAGGAGGUUAAUAGAGUUGCAAAACGUUCUCCAACAUGUCAGAUUCUUCCUGAUUGGGAGUUAUGUGAAUGAGGGAGCAGUAUCAUUGCAGGAGCCUGUUCUUAUCAUGCAAAAUUUGCAGUUAGUUUUUUUCUGUAAGACAUUUUUUAAGUUCUGGCUGGAUUCCUUAUGAUCAGUAUCAUUUCUUGGUUUUGGUUGAUACAAGUUAGUUCCUUAGAGUGGUGAUCAUAUGCUUUUAAAGGAUUAGAAGAGUAUCUCUCAGGUGCUUUUGUAAGUCUACAACUACAUACUUUUCAUGAACUACAUGAACCUCAUUCAAAUGUUA